UUGGCAUCGGGGGGAAAUGUCUGGGUCAGUGGGUUUCCUUUCUUUCAUUUUUAUUUAUUUUUUUUUUGGGCACACGCAUAAACACUUGAAGACAUUUUUGGGUGAGCUUAAAGCUAGUGGUCAGGCUGCGUCUAUAAAUAGCCUGGAAUUGACACUCCACUCACUUCCCUGACACUUGAGGCAAGGGUCCCCACCCCCAAUCCCAACGUUACCCCUGUCUCCGGCGCCGUUCACAGUCUCCACAACAGUGCUUUGUUAUUGUGUCAACAGUUGAGCGCCUUUUGUUUGCCAGUGAUACUGUGACUGCUUCUGUUUCAACUGCUGCUGCUGCUGCUGUUGCUGCUCUUACUGUCCAGGUGACGUGCCAUAAUGGACAGCAUCCAGCACAAAAGCAGAGUCGCAAUUGGAGCCAAACUCGCCAGCAGCACGGUUCGAGCAAUGCCAUGGAUGGCCUCUAUGCUAGCGGCGCUGGCGCUAUCGCUCCUGUGCGACGUCAGCGGCAUCAGCGGCGGGAAUCGCUUUGUUUCCUACGAGGAACUGAACGCUGCUCCGCUGAUCGCGCGCAGUUUGCCCAAACGCUGCAGUCGCUUUCUCGGCGAGUGCCCAGAUCAUGCGGCAGUUCCAGUCGCAGUCCAGCCGGAGGCAAUCGAUAUAGAUGCUGAUCUCAAUCAGAGCACUUCCAAGAUGUUAAAUGCCUUGUUUGGCCUGACGCAUAGCACACCGGCCACAGUGCAUCAAACGGAGACCGCUUUGCCGCCCUAUCAGCUGCCGCCUAUGUAUUACAAUGACUUCUACGAGGAUCUGCUCACCAGCAAGCGAAAUAAUGCCCACUCAGCGGCAUGUGACUGCAAAGUUAUGAAUGAUCUCAUCGAUUUGGGCAGCACAUACUUCCCCCGCUACUUGAUGAGCGCCGUCUGUGAAUCGCGACAGGAUGCCAAAUGCUCGCAAGGCGCCAACUGCAAGCCGCUCGAGUACAAGGUGAAAGUGUUAACUCUUGGACCCAAGCCGGGUGUCUGGCUGCCCGAGGAGGUGACUCAGCCAUCGCAGUGGAAUUUCAAGACGGUAACCGUAACCGCCGGCUGCUUCUGCACCAACUAGCUAAACCCAAUUCCUAUUUGAAUGCCCAUUGAUAAUAUAUAUAUUAAAUUUGCACAAUAUAGCGCUAAUAGAAAACGCCAAUGUUGCUUUAUUGAGCUUUUUACGUUUAUCGUUAUUCAGAAGAUACUAUACCCAAAAGGAUAUUUAAAAAAUGUUCGAGAAUGUUUGAAUUAUUCGAGUCGAUUUACUAAAACUAUUAGGCUCGUUGCGGAACUCAAUGUUUUAGCUUUCAUGUCAAAUUGCAAGAAUUUUGCACGAAUUUAAUACCUACAAGAUUUUUCAUUAAAUUUUAACUAAUUUUCAGUUUUCUCUACAGUUUUGCGAUACGAGUUAAUCCACAUAAUAAAAAAUAUAGCUGCGUUGAAAAGUCUUGCAAAAUUUGACAUAAAAACUAGAACUUGAACAAAAGCCAACCAUAUAUAUAGAAAAAGAGAGCGUGCUGCUUAUUAAGGCACUUUGGACGGUUUCAACUACAUACACAAAUGUACAUAAAUGGACGGCACAUAGUGGUAACUACUAACUAGUGGACAAAUGUGAAACAAUUACAAAUACAAUUACUUAGCUUCCUUGGAA